AUGGAUAUCUACGAGCGAUUGCGGGCCAAUCGCGACAAAUUACUCGAAACGUACCGCACCAAUUUGGAGGAGACACGUAAUUUACAAGCCACCCUUAUUCGCGACAUCUUGCCUUCAGUGACGGGCGAACUUAACCUUAGUCCGGAUGCCACGGAAUGGGCAAGAGAAUGGCUAAGCGAUACUUCUUCAAUCUUCCGAAUUGCCCGGCGAAACAAAUUUACAACGUCAUUCACACUGGAGUCUAUUCGAAAGAAUUUGGUUUGGCGUCUGAGCACCUUGUGGCCUCCCGUUGCCCCCAUUAAUUUGCCCAACGUGCACAUCUUGCCAGCACACGCUCGAGAUCCGUUUGGACGACCGACCAUAGUCGUUGAAGUUAUGGAGUUCGCAGAGGAUUUUGAAGUCCAAAAGCGUCUCAUAUUUCAAGCGUUCGAACAAUGCAGGCAGCACCUUCAGGAUCUUCACAAUUCAUCAGAUGCAAAUGAAGAGCCUCCCCUCCAAUAUAUUGUUCUAUGCGACCUGAAGAAAGUGUCUUACCAAAGUCUUAGGCUUGACGUACUUACGUGGACACUUCGGGAAGUUAUUCCACGUUUUCCAGGCAUGCUGGCCGGUGUAUUUAUGCUCAACUACUCAUGGGCCCAUUCAGGAGUUUGGAAUGUUGUCAAGCACCUCCUACCCGAAGCUGCUCUUUCACGAGUAUUUUUCCCCACCCAGGUUCAGUUAACAAGUUAUUUCACACCUUCGGCGUUACCACAGGAGUAUGGCGGAUCUCUACUUUCCUUGACAGAUACGGAAGGUCCAUCACAGACAGGGGAGGGUCCGUCACCUUUGCAUUUUGUUUUACCAAUCAGCGAACCAAUACCUUCCACUGCAACCAAAUCUUCUGUAUCGUCGAUCUCUCCGACCUCCUUGUUGAAUCCUUUCUUUGGGUACCCAGUGUCGUCCUUGUCUUCCCCAUCUCGGUCACCGUCAUUCCCGCAUGGUCGUCGUCGAAAGAGGGACCUGGCCCGAACUCUGAUAUGGCUCUUAUGGCUUCGUUGGCGCUCCUACAUAACCUUUGGACUUUGUCUAAUAACCCUUGCCUUGACGAUUAACUUUGCAAUCCGAAAAUGUCGGUUAGGCUCACUUCGAAUUUUUUUUAAACGGCGCCAAUAA